AUGGAUGGCUCGAGCAAGGAUAGGUGUCUACUAAACGAGAAUGACGAAAUAGCCCCAUCGGAAAUGAUUUUUGACGACUACGAUUUUGACAAGAUACGGGCUGUAAAUUUACAACCCCAGGCCGGAUGCCAUGACCCAACGCUUCGAGUGGUUAUCCUGUCUUCCGAAGACAAGCAAAAAGUACUCACCAAACCCUGGAAAAGAAUACUAUCGACGCUGCUGAUGAUCGAGCCGAUAAAGAAGCAGUGGAAGAAAGUAUCUCUGGGGUGCCCCAGUGGGUGGAAGCGGCCUUUUCUAACGCCCAAAGCUCCGGGAUCGAUCCUGCCCUAA